AUAUGUUUUACGCACGAGUAUAGAUAUAGAGUGCAUUCCUUACUACAGUAUCUACGGGUUGUGUUGGUGUAUGUAUAGUACCAAAAUUUAACUCACCCGUGUGUGGUUUUUUUUUAAUCGAUCGUGUUACAGUGAUAUAAAAAAAAACCUAUAAUAGUGUGGAUAAAAGCCAUUUACAUAGUGCAUUGUUUAUUGAGACGUAUCAUAUUGGCGUAAAUCAUCACGUGCUGUUAUUGAACCACAUGUAGCAGGCGCUUAGAUUGCAAAAGCAACCUUGCCCUCACAAAUUACAUAACUGUUCGGGAGAAUUACGUAAAGCGAUAUAUUGUGUAGGUUGAAUGUAUAACUUGUCCGGCAGACAACAUGUCUAUUUUGACGUACCCGGUAUCUGUGCCGAACAAGUGGGGUGAACAAACAAUUGAUAAAAGGACUGGAUCAGAUACCUCGUUUGUAUACGAACACCACAAGGAGUACCAGUGCGCGUACAGGGGGGACGGGGAGGAUUAUUUACCUCGUAGUUAUGCGGACGGCGUCUAUGCCAUUAAAACUAAACUAAAGAUGGAACACGAGAAUAAUUCCUUUGAACACUCAGAUUCUCCAGACAGUAGCUCAGACGCAAACUCCCCCAAUCCUACCUCUAUACCAACCUGCAUUGUGGCCCCAACCUCUAACAACGGAUCAACAGAUAAAGGCGCGACCAGUGACGGCUCCAACCCAUACAUACCGUCGAGAAAGCAGCGUGAAUUCAUCCCAGAAAACAGGAAAGACGAUCACUACUGGGAAAAGAGGAGAAAAAACAACGAAGCUGCGAGAAGAUCGCGAGAGAAGCGAAGAUUUCAUGACGUGGUUUUAGAAAAUAGAAUUGUGGAACUAACGCGAGAAAACUGUCAGGUUAGGAACGAGUUGUUUGCGAUUAAGAAACACUUUGGUAUACCCCUCAACGAAACUUUCAAUAUCAAUGAGGACAACAAAGCAGCUUCUUCAAAAUGUAGAGAAAGAUCUCUGUCGCCUGUUCCGAACCAUCACGCGAAUGCUUCUCUGAAUUACUUAGCUGCGGCUAGAGCGAGUGGAUCUAUGCUCCACGGGUCGCAACCACCGACCAUGGUUCCCAUGCAGUCGUCCAUUCCGCUACCGAUCUCUUUACAAGGAAACUAUAAUUCUAAAGGACCAAUGUCGUACUUCAUAGCAGCGGUGCCAUCGGCUGGAACCCAAGAAAAUUAUCAAAGCCAACUAUCAUCUAAUUCUAUUAAUUCACCUCAUAUGCAAGAUAAAUUCCCACAACACAGCCCCAAAGCAUCAACUGUUGAAGAUUUAGGUAUUAGUAGAAGACAAAUGUAUCUCUCAGGGGAAACAAAUGAAACUCAGGGUCGUCAAUAUAACUCCUCUCAAACUACCUCACAAUAUUCUCCAUCAUACACUUCAGCAAACAUUCAGAAAGCAGCAGAGUCUAAUUCUUCCUCCGUGAAGGAGGAACAAGUCCUACCCUCGGACUACACCUCAGAUGAUCACACCCAAGACGAACCUUUAUCCCUGACCGUCAGAAAACGCGGCGACAGUUUCUCGGGGAAUGAAAGUUCUGUGUCGUAUUCAUCUCCCGAUAGUCCAGUCUCACAAAGUCCACCAACGAUGGCAUUACCGCACAAAUUAAGACAUAAAAUACCCAUGGACUUUGGUGGUGCUUUUCAAAGUGCUGGCUUUAAUCCAGUGGUGAAUGGACUAACGCAACUAUCUGAAGUAGCCCUUGCGCAGUCUGGUCCACUACCCCUUUUAAAGAAAUCCAAACGAGAUGAUAUGGAAUCGUCUCCCAGCAGAAGCGGUCGGAUGAGUCAGAGGUCGUUAAUUGAUCCGAAAUAUGCCGAAAGAAGGCGUCGAAACAACGAAGCUGCACGAAGAUGUCGAGAGAACAGAAAAAGUUUAACAAGAAUGAGAGAGGUGAAAUCAGACUACCUGGAAACGGAAAACGGAAAACUCAAGCACGAAUUAGACGCUCUACAGGAAGAAAUGAAGCAGCUAAAAGACAUGAUAGACAGAAAGAAGACCUUAAAAUCAGAUCCACAAGAGGAGGACACAUUGCCGGAAAAUGAUAAGUAAAGGCUUGUUUAAGUAAUAAACAGGACAUGAAUUAUUAUAGAAUGAAAUUGUGUUGAAAAUUCACCAAUUGUAUCAUAUUUUCUAGAGUUUCAAAACAAUUGCGUACGAUCAAUCUAAUAAAAAUCAGAUCCUAAGAUACGCUCACAAUCGCUACACGGCGCGGAUCUAAGACGUCUGAUUUUAAUUAGAUUGGUGUACGAUCAGUGUUGCAUACGUUUACAUUUUCUGGUUUAUUUUUUCGACCAAAAGUUUUGUUUUUUAUUUCACAUGAAAAAGAUUACAAGAAUCGACUAAUUCUUGUCUGUGAUGCAGCACUGUUUUUAAUUUUUCUGGCUGUAGUUUUUGAGAAAGUGUUAUGUAAGCGAUGAAUUAAGCGUGCCAUAUUGUCUACAAUAGACUAACAGACCUCUCAUCUGGGUAUAUGUUUUGCGGGUAUAAAUAUUUAAGACGGUGUUCUUCUACGUAUAUCUUAUCUAGCUGACGUCACUUUGCUAUGCUUUAGAAGCAAAGAGACAUUUAAAUUUAUUUUUUUGGUUUACCACAAUUCAGGGAACCUACCUCUGAUAUAUCGGGUCCAAAUCGUUUCUUGUUCGCGCUGGAAAAAGAUGUUGGAAUGAAAUCAGGUCACUGUAUUACGGGUGUAUUGGAUGUACAUAUAUUUUUCAAUUCAGAUUUGUCGUGUGUGUCUGCAUGUUUGACAUUUUUAACGGUACAUGGUUUAUAUUCGGGUAGAAUGGACUUUUUUCCUUAGAACUACGUUUUUUAAAUUGUGUCGUAAUUUUCAAAUGAUGUAUUAUCAAUACAUGCAUUUUUUUUUUGUCAUUUAAAAUUGUUUCUAUUAGAUGAGGAAAGCUGAUGGAUGAAAAUCUUUCAAAUAGUUCACGAUUUAAACAUGUAUUUUGUGUUAGUUUGCUGUGUGACCUGACCUAUUUUUGUAUUUAUCAUACGGGGGUUUUGUACUGUCAUUAAGAACACAUGUACACUCGCUGUCAUUGGAUGUUGAUGCCCAUUGUCGUAAUAAGUGCUAAAUACCAAGUGCCAUAUAGAAAUGUUUGCCAUACUCGAAAAACAUAACUAAUCCCAUUGUAAUAGGACUUGUAUUGUUGUCUAUAGUAAUUUACCUCCGGAAUCAUCAAAUAUCAUGUAAUAUUUAUUUUACCCGCAAAAUUUUAAUUUAAAUAGAAAAAAAUUGUUUUUAUGAUAAAUAUUUACCAACAGAUCGGUUUAUUGAAGACAGAUGUUUUAGACUCUUUUGAUAUUAUAAUUUUUAUGAUCCUAUAUAUUAUAUUUCACAAUUCAACUUAUAAAACCUAACAUGAAUUCUAAAUUGGGUUAUGAUAAUAUAGAGCACAGUUUUAUUGUGCGCCUAGUUUUAUUUCUAUAUAAUUCCAUUUAGUUUUUAUUACAAUUUUAGAGAUACCAUACUGCACAGCUGUUAACUAAUUAGAAUAUAUAUACUACAUCCAGCCCAAUGAACAAACUUCAAAGAUCAAAUAAAAAAAUGACUGCGAGUGUUCGGUAGUCGUACAUUAUUUAUAGUGAUUACUAUGUUAAUGAUUUGUACAUUGAAAGAAAAAAAAUUACCUAGCGUUUUAUAGAAAAGCCAUUAGUGAUAACAAGUGCUGUACUUUCAUUUUCUGUGGAUAUGUUGUACAUUUUGAUUUUCGGUUAUCUUUAUGUAGGAGGUUUGAUUGUGCGAUGAUUUGUUGUAAUAGCAUGGUAGAUAUGUAUAGUCAAACGUAUUGCUGCGUUGAUUUUUGUCCUUUUUUAAUUCUAUGUAGAAAUGUCGAAAAUACUGCUUUCGCUUCGUGACUGCAGUGAGAGAAAAAGUCCUUAUAGUUAUUUACAUGUACAAUCUUCUUGAAAGCAGUAUGUUUGUAGGUUACAAAGUAUAUAUAAGUCAUGUAAAUACUACACGAGAAGUUGGUUCUGUGCGCGAGGAUUGUCAUUCAUCUGUCCGUCCUUGAUGACCUCUGACCUAUCUAUCAAAAUACACGUUGUGCUCGCACAAUGUCGUAGUAAAAUGAGGAACAUCUGUUUAAAGUUAUGAGCAGAGUUUGUUAAACUCGCCUGAUACGAGAGCUUUUCUGCAGUCCGACUGUCAACCUUUAACGUUACAGAAUUCUCCAAAAUCAAAGAUCUUAUUUCAUCAAAACUACCACAAAGUACCCCUGUGUAACAACAAUUCAAUGUUAUGUUCCCUUUCCUCGAUAUUUCAUUAAAAAAUAGUAAAGGUAAAUUAAAUUGGGGGGGAUUUGAUAAAGAACCAAUGUGUUAGAAAAGCUAGAAUUUGCUUGAAAGAUUUCUUACAUGUUCGUUUAAACUAUGAAACCCGAACGGUGCCGCAUGAGGACAAAUUGGAAUCAUCUGUCCUCAAAGAAAAGUUUCUUCUUUCCAGAAUCUUUGAGGCCACCCCGGGGCCACAAUAGAAAGUUUUACUUACGAAUGUUUACGACGCACAGGGUUUUGUCAUUUAGAUAUGCAAUGAUAACCAUGUAGUGUAUAUUACAAGUUUGUUGAAAGGCCAGGGUAGUUGGGGUCUACUUAAAGAAAACAACUUUUCACAUUGAUAUAUAGAAUUAAAAACAAUUCUUCUUUAAACGUACGGGGUUAUAACUUGUGUAAGAUUCCUCAUAAAUUUAGGUUUGUUCAUAUGAUGAACCACCCACGGGUGGAAGUGGGGUUUACAGUUUUUAGGAAGAAAGAUUCUAUCGAAUCCCUUAUUAAUCGGUUGUUGUUUUUCAAUUACAGUUCUGCUAAAGUGCUAUAUAUCAGAAUCCUUAUGUAGUGCUAUUUAAAUUUAUUCAAUUGUUAUCACACCGGAAUUCUAAUUUUACAUGGGUACAAGCAAUUACUCAGGUAAGCAAUGUGGAACAUGGGUGUAUUUUUGAUUUAAUGUCAUUGUUUUUGCUAAUUCUAAAAUCAUCAUUAAUUGAGAAAUCUUACGAAUGUGUCAGAACAAAUUGUUUAAGAUUUAAGUAUUUGAAAGCGUCAUUCCUUUAGCAGAAAAAAUGAAGUUGGUUGAAGUAGGAACUCAUGUUUUGUUACAGAGCGUAAAUCAUUCCGUAGAUUUCCACUACGUUUAAUUUCUCCCAAAUCUACCUCUAAAAUUAUAAAAUGUGUUUACAGUGUACAUGUACUAGAUAUUAGAAAUUUAUUUGUUACUAAAACAGCAGAAUUUACAGAGUAUAUUUAUAGCGUGUGUUUUGUCAAAUUAAUCUACCUCAUUCUUCAGUUGAAUGCUUUGUUCUGUAUCAUUUCAGGAAUAAAUACAUUUCAUCUUAUGACUUC